AUGGAUUCGCUUCGUGGUAAAAAUUCAGUUCAAAAAGUUGAGGGUGAAAUUCUUUAUCAAAUUGCCAUGUUGGACCUUGAAGAACUGUCAACUCUUAAAACCACAUCAAACUUUGAUGCCUCAUGGUACAAAUAUGAUCUGAACAAAACAUACCCGAGAAGUAAGGUUACUGAGGCUUUAUACAAGUAUGCUGGGAAUGAAAUCAAUGUAUUUGCUUUGUCUCUAAGGGCAUUGAGGAAAUUGGAGGAUCAAAGGUGCACGCAUACUGACAUUUCCAGAAAGCCUGAGCAUGAUGGAAUCAGAGAAAUCUACGUGAUGGGCAUCAGGGAGAGCUGGGUACAACCGUUGUGUGUCAGUCAACCUCUGAUGACGCGCAGAAAUGGAACCAGGGAACGAGUAAUGCAGCUACCGACCGAUCGGCACUUGAACACUAGAACCAAGAGUCACUGUUGUAUACCACUGUCGUCGUGCAGCUCCCACUUAUGCUACACUUCUCAUAUCACUUCUCAUAACAGUGCCAGAUUAGAUUCGAAAACAACAGGAUUUCCUUUUCCUGCUGUGGUUUCCGAACCUGUUCCUUCAACUGUGGUUGAACUAGAUGGCGGGUAG